GUCUUCUGACUGGUCCAACUAUUUCCACACUUCCAUACAUAUUUGAUUCUCGAAAUAUUACCAUAUGACGACCAUAUUUCAAUUUCUGCGUGACUGACUCGGUUGUUAUCGCCUUAGCCCUCUACCUAUUGAUACACAAGUCACUUCCCUCAAUGGACUACAUCCACCACGCACCAAUUUUGUAAAACCGCUCCAAGAACGCCAGACCUCAAUCGGACAAGUCAACAAACUUGCUCCAAGAGACUUGCAUCGUCGAAAUAUUUCAAAAUCGAAACCGAAAUUAUCGUGGCUUUUUCAAGAUGGCUUCAACCAUAAAUGAUCUCUAUACCCCGCUCCAGCGGUUGUCGACCGCCCCUCUCCGACAGCCCCGAAGCCAGACGACCAGGCCUUACACAUCGUUCUACAUCAAAGACAUCCUGGGAUCACAGAUCAGUACCAAUGAUAACACUAGCGAAAGUUCAUCACCGACUCAUUUUAAGAGAAGGGAAUCGUGGUCGGGCCCGCCAUCGGUACCUCGCCCGAGGUUAGGGCAUCAGAGAUCAACAGAAGAGGUGAAAACUGCUGUGAAACAGACCAGGGAGAACGGAGAUUCUCCUCUCAGCGCGCUGGAGGAACUUGCUAACAAGACGUUUACAGGUCCAGAUACCAGUAUUCUACGAGCGGCUGAAGCAGCAACGACGACGAACAAACGGGAAGCGCUUUCACUUCUCAACCGCCAGCAGCCGCGCAAGAAGAGGAAGUCCCGCACCGCCUUCUCCAACCACCAAAUCUUCGAGCUCGAGCGUCGAUUCCUCUACCAAAAAUACCUAACCCCGGCCGACCGCGAUGAACUCGCCUCGACACUCGGCCUCACAAACGCCCAGGUCAUCACCUGGUUUCAAAACCGGAGAGCGAAGCUCAAACGCGACAUCGACGAGCUGAAGAAUGAUGUCCGAGCCACGUCGACCACGCCACCGCAUUUGAAAGAAGAUAAAGGCUACCUGACGACGGAGUCAUCGGUGUACGACCACGAGGAAGGGGAGCUUUACACUGAAGACUCGUCGUCGGAACUGAUGUCGCCCAUCGACCCGCGACAGAUUGGUGGAGGUACGUGUGACGGAAACGCAACCGACGGUGGGGAUGAUCACGAUAAGAUGAGCGUUCACUACGUUGAUUCGGACAACGAGGAUGCGAGCAUGUCAAUCUCGAAAUCGUCUCCUUCUCCGGCCGACAACGACCCGGACGAUCAGGACAUCGAUCACGACAAUAGCAGAGGGCAAAUAGCAGAUUAAUGAGACAUUCGUGCAUUUCAGCUCCCAAUGUACUAAUGACAUUACUAUUGCCUCGUCAUGUUCGUUUCAAACACUUACUUUAAAUCGGCGGGUACGAUUUAUAAUCAAUUGCAGACGAGGCAGUUAAACAUUGAUCGGCAACGUAUGUCUGCUACAAACUAGUCUUAAUAGCCUGGUAAUUUCAACGAUGUAUACCAUGGUUGGCUGGUACAUAAAGUGAAACAUUAACCCCUUCAUGAUGUGAAUAAUUCGCAAGAACAACUGUCGUCUCCAUCAUCUUCAUUACAUUUUAUCCUGCUUGUGUUUCUUGAGACGAGAUAUCUUGCUGCGUAGUAUGUCUGCUAUGGCUCGGCUGUCCUACCCUCAACCCUAAGCCAGCUAGCAGCCCCGGUAGAUGGGUUCCGGCAGGAGCGGGUAUAUUUCGGAAGUAAACUUGUCAGACUGACAUGUGUCUGGGGCGCACCGUGAGAUCAUUCAGAUAUUUUAUCAGGUUUUUUAAAACUUUGUUCACAGAGAAAACCUAUGAACCUUGAAUGUUAGAUCUCCUUAAAUAACUUUUGGCAGCUCAAAUAUAGUUUUUAAUUUUAAGAAAUGUAUUUGUAUUCUCUCGCAACAUUUGAGCAUUAACUGAAAGAGCAAUGUUGACAUGUAAGAAGAAGUACAUUUAUCACCCAUAAUAAAUAUGUGUUACUGGACCAUAAACAGUUGAUUCUAGACGGAAUAUUUGAAGACUUUCUCAAGCAUUUUUUUUGUAGUCAAUGAUCACAUGCUGUCCUGCUCAAAACAGGUGAAGAAUUUAUAUCAACAAAAACAACGAUGAAAAAGAACAUGAAUAAAUAAAAAUAAAAUAACAGGUAUAUAUAUAUAUAUAUAUAUAUAUAUAUAUAUAUAUAGGCCCUAUAUAAGUAUACGUAAUGAGUAAGGAUAAACAGGUGAAUAUAUGAAAAAAAUAAAAAGGUAAAAUAAAUCAAUCUUUGAAUUGAGAAUUAGAGAACAGGACUAGUGUGAUGGCAUUGGCGUAACCAAAUAGUUGUAAAUAAUUCUACAUGGUUGAAGAUAUCAAUUAUGAUACUUGAGUUCUCAUUCCUACAAGAAAUAUUCUAUUGAUAAAGAAUUUAUGUUAUUGGAUUACAGCGGAACAAAAUUUUGCAUGGCGUUAUGAAAUAAAAAUGAAAAAAAAAGUACAUCCCAUAUGUAUUUUUUAAAAGUAAAACAUAUGCUUAAUUCCGAUGACAUUCAUAAGAUACCUUAAAGAAUGUUUCCUUUCUUUGGCAACUUUGGAGUAAAAUUCUUUAAUUACCAUGUGUUACAUCUCUGACAAUAAAAGUAUAUCGAGUCUUCAUUGUUUCAUUCAAACCUCUUUUUUAAAUAAUACGUAAAGCUUGAUAAAAGCAUGAGUGUUUAUGACACUGGUAUUAAUAUUCCUACAAUAGCGUGUUGACAUGCUAUUGCAUGAAUUCAAAUGUAAUAUUUUUACACACUUUCUGGGUUAUAUUUUUCAAUAGAUUUUGAUAUUUUCACCAUCCAUCAUUAACAUUUGGGUCCCGUAUCACAAAGGUUUGCGAUGGAUUUCAAAUAUGUUAGACCACUUCUGACUGGUUCCUGGUCAGCAACAACGAUCCUGAUUGGCCAUUGUCAGUUAUCGAUGUAUUUCAAAUCUUUGUGUUACCAUGGUAACACAGCCAAGUCCAGGAUGCAGAUCCACAACCAGAUAUUAUUCACGAUUUCAUUUUGCUCUGAAUUAUUUGAUAAUUAAUUAACACCUUGAUCUUCAAGGAUCACCAUGAAAGUAUUGAUGAAGUGCUGAGAUAGCGAUGCAUGAUGUACUUUUUUUCAUCUUAAGGCUGAAUAUUGUAUAUAGAAGAUGGCAUUAUUGUAUGUACAAUUGUAAUUAUAUUUAUCCGAUUACUUUGAGAGAAAUCGACUGUGCUUCCUAAUUGAUGACGAAAAUAAUUAUCUUUGUGAAAAUGUAACAU